AAAAAAAAUUUAAAGGUCGAGGCGCCACGAACGAAGCUGUAGAAGCUUCCUCACCAUGCCCAUCGUCGCCCAAAUCCUCUACCCCGUCACCUCCUCGCACCCACAUCGAACCCUAGCGCCCAAUUGCCGCAUCCUCUCCCUCCUCUCUCACCACCCUGCUUCUCUUCGAUCGAGUCGCCCUCGGAGGAGAUCCGUCAAUGUUUUUCGAAGGGGAAGUAGUGGGAGGAAGGUGAUGGACGUUACUGGAUUGAGCUCCGGUGAUGGCGUACCGGGCGAUGGGUUCGUUAAGAAAAGAAAAAUUGUGGAGCAUAUUUUUCUUCUAAAAGCAAAGGACGAUCUUACAGAGCACGACGAAAAAGACAUGCUCGAUUAUUUAUAUACAUGUCAAUAUCAGAUGAGUGGAAUUCUUGCAAUAUCAUUAGGGCGAAUAGAAGUUCCAAAUACAGAUAACUUUACUCAUGCACUAUAUAUGCGUUUUCAGAAAAAGGAAGACCUAGCAAAAUUCUACAAGAACUCUUACUAUUCUAAAAUUCUUAGGGAGCAUGUGACACCGUUUUCCUAUGGCUCAAUAUCGGUGGAUUAUGAAUCUGAAGUAGAAGAUGAUAUUCUUCCUAUAUUUCGGAGGGGAGAGGAAUUUAACUAUGGCGUAGAGUGUGUGCUUUUGAUAUCCGUUGUAGAGUCUGCAUCUAGAGAAGCAGUAGAAGAUGCAGUCGCUACUUUUCAGAACUUGAUUGGGCAAUUCAGUUCCUUUAUCGUGCAGGCUACAUUUGUGUCCGUUUUAUCCUCAGCGGCUAUCUCAAGUUAUGGAUAUCCUGAGCGGCUUUCUCAAGUUACCCAUGUUGCAAUCUCAAUCAUGCUGACAAUGAAUAUACUCAUGCUGCAGUCAUACGCUUCCCAUCAUAUGUGGAGGUCGAAGUUUCUUCCUAUAACAAGAAAAGCACUUCUAAUGCAUUUUACUGUAGAUCCCGUGGGAACGGAGUUGAUGUAACAUGGAUGGAUCAUUUGUUCUCUUUAAACAGAUACAGAAAAGCCAAAGAUCAAGCUGAGUUGCAGCAGCAAUACACAGUAACUAUUGUUGCAUGUAUUUCUUAAUGGAUACACCCAAUCCAACACCAACCAGGUUUGUCAUACCAGUAGAUCAUAUACCAGCCUAGUUGUAGUUAUUCAAUUAUCGCUACGAUGCAGCAUUAUCCUCAUCUAAUACAGUUGGGUGAUUACAAAAUAAACUACAUCAUGUUGUUCCUAUAAAUCAACUAAUGUGAAAAAAGCCAAGCCUAUGGCUUUCCCCUCUCUAUAAUAUAUCAUCUCCUCUUCACUGCAACAUGAAUUCUCAUCAGUUGUGCAGUGGAUUUGGACCCUGAGGCACCACUCUUUUGGAAACUUCAUAGAUUCGCCUACAUUCGUCGUCAUCUGAUGGCUCCUGCGAUGGCGAUACUUCAGAGGAGUAAUACAUGGAUGACCUGGAGCUGUCGCCUUUCCACCGCUCGCCCUCGCUGAUCAGAAUUCUCUUGCCAUGACUGAGGCAGGUAAAUUUCGCGGCCAAUAGUAGCACCAGGGGGAUUAGUAACAUAUGUGGUAGCCACAACUUUUUGAGUCUCAUGCCUGUAAUUGAGGUGAGGAGAGAAAAGUGUAGAGAGAGAGUGAGAGAGAGGGAGAGAGAUUAGCUUACUUGGUUUAUGAGCAGAUGAGAACUGGAUCUAUUUAUUUGGGGAAUCUACUCUACUUGAUGAGUUAAAAAGUGCAGAGACAUCAUGAGGAGGUUGGUAUUUGCUAUUUUUUCUCGUGGAAUAAAUGAGAAGCCCUUGUAGUGAUGGA